ACGAGCGAUAGGGCUGAGCUUCGUGCCACGAUUGGCGCUCUCCAACAUGGUUUCUGGUACGAAUUGGGUUUCAACAAUGUUGUGAUUGCCUCGUCGAGUGAUUAUCUUGUGCUGGGCAUCACCCUUUGGAUCAAGAAUUGGAGGGCACACGGCUGGCGCGACGCAUCAGGCACUGUCAUUGAGAAUCAGGAUCUGUGGAAGGUUCUACUUUGUGAAAUCAGUCGCUACUCCCAUAUGGGCACGAAUGUCCUGUUCUGGAAGAUCUCAGACGAUGAGAAUACCGAGGCCCGCGUGGCUGCGACGAGCGCAGCAUAU